AACUACAACCGAGAAAUCAACACCAGAGUUAGCCACAAAUCCCACAAGUGUCUUUCCUGGUCAAGCUACAGAGGACUCAGACGAUUCUGUGUCAGCAGCCGAAGAACCUUCAACCAAUGGCAGGCCGGACACGACAGAUUCGUCAACUGCAAAAGCCCAAACUACAUUUACCACAGAUACAAAAGACACAGGCGACAAUAAUGGUAUUGAUAAUAACAAUUCGGACGUCUACGAUUAUGACAAUGACAACCCGACCACUCCAGAUGAUAAUGACCACACUGAUGAUAAGGUUGAAGAUAUCCAAGAGACCACAAAACGUGUAUCUUCAGUAGACUACAUUGAUUAUGAUUCAGCAAGGGGAAGACUUGGGUGGAAUUCGACGUUCAAUACAUCUGCAGGGCACAACGAUUCUCAGCCUUCUGUUAAUGACAACAACGAUAGCAGCAAUGAAAGUGAAAGAAGCAGGUCAUCCCAAACAGACAAGGAAAAGAGCUCGAGCAACCACGACCUAGGCCACCGUGCAGUGAGCGCGAAGGACAGUCAUGCCUCCAGUACUACAGAGGUGCUUCCUCUUAUAAUAGGAGUUGCUUCAGCUGUUGUCGUCGCUGCGAUUGUUAUUGCAGUUUUGGCUUAUUUGUGGGCGAGAAACCAGCGACGAAAGCAGGAAAAGGAACAGGAGGACCAGAUGAAUAUAAUUACAGAAUAUGUUGAAACAAACUUGAGUACAUAA